AUGCAGUUUAGGCCUAGAAUGUGUAGCUACAGUCUGAGAUGGUUCUACUCCAAGGGAGCUCUACUGGUCUUAAUUUGGACUAUUCUCGUGAUGUUAGCUGCCAUUACUUUGAUGAUGUUGUUUUUUGAUUCGUUUUUGACACAUGAAAAGCAUGUUUGGAACUUAAUUUUGUUUCUUCCACUUUGCUCAUAUCUUGUGUUUGCUCCUUUGUCUGGGUGGCUGGCUGAUGCGAGGUUCGGGAGCUACAAACUGAUUAGAGUUGGAUUUGUCUUAUUGUUUGUCUCAUCAAUUUGCUAUUGUGUUCUUGGUGUUGUAGUAUCUGAAGGAGUUCCAUUCAAUUCAGUUUUUGUGAAUGUUUUGGUUAUUUUAUCAUCCACUGUUACUGGCAUAGCAGUAUCUGUUUGCUUAGUUACUUCUAUUCAGCUUGGGUUGGAUCAAAUGCCUGAUGCCUCGAGCUCUAACAUUACCAGCUUUAUAGCUUGGUUCAUUUCUUGUAUUUGGUUUGGACUUUGGUUUUCUGAUAGUCUGUUUAGUAUUAUUCGUGCUUGUAUUGAUAGCAAUGCUCGUUCCAUGUUGAUGCAGUUUUGGAGUCUUGUUCCAGCUUUGUGUAUGGCGGUUGUGCUUAUCCUAGAUUUUGUAGUCGCUCCAAAAUUGAUCAUUAUUGAACCGAAGUCACCUCAGUCCUUGAAGACCAUCUACCAAGUUCUCAAGUUUGCUGCCAAGCACAAGGCUCCCCUCAAUCGCAGUGCUCUCACUUACUGGGAGGAAGACAUUCCUUCAAGAAUGGACCUUGCAAAAUCACGAUACGGAGGACCAUUCACUACGGAACAAGUUGAAGAUGUGAAGACUUUCUUUAAACUGUUCAUUGUAACUCUGCCUCUCUGGACUAUGAACAUUUCUCUCACACAAAUAGACUCCGUUUUUAACGCAACAGCUGUUGAUUUGUUCUCCUCUGUUUGUUUGAACCAGGUUGCUUACUACUUUACAUAUCAUGAUAUGUGGUGUUUGCUCAUCUGCAUUGUGUUGUACGAGUUCACCAUAUACCCGUUCAUCAAACACUAUCUACCCAGUAUCUUGAAGCGAAUUGGAAUUGUACUGUUUUGUGUGGUCCUCGUGAAUGCCAUAUUCCUAACAUGCACUAUUCUCGUUUACUGCGGUGUAGUCAAUUAUAACUCUGUCUUCUCGUAUUCGAAUAGGAUAUGCAUUUAUCUUUCUGUAAGUGCUUUAUUUACUUCGUCGCUGGAGUUAGUGUGUGCUCAAGCUCCAUACAGCAUGAGAGGACUAUUCUCUGGCUAUGUCGUCUUUGUGAUUUCUAUAAUAAUGCCAGGAAGUGUAGCACUAACUUUGGUAUCGAAUACGAUUUGUGAUCGGGAUUGUUCAAAUCUUAUCUGUUUUUCUGUCAAGCUUGCGUCUAGUUUGGUUGGAUUCAUUUCUCACUGCUUCUUGGCUCGCUGGUACAAGAGGAGAGUGAGAGACGAUGGUUUUGUGGCUCAGAGAAUUGUGGAGGAGGUCUACGAUCGAUAUCUAUCAAGCCCGUCAUAAAGUUAUCAGUGCACCUUUAUGUAUUUUGUGCUCUUUGCAUUUUGGUUCAAAGUAUUGUGUGUUCUUGUUUUGUAGUGGGGUGAUUGAUAGAUUUUUGAUGAGAAUCCAGGCUACUAUUUAGUAAUAAUUAUGACAUUGAUCAUGUUUAAUAUUGUGUCUGUAGUUCUAUUUUUUGCAAACGUAGCACCAUUCAUUUAAUUCAUGUACCUUGGUGGGGGAAAUUACUCUGUAUGUGCAUGCACAAUUGUUUGUGGGUGUCAUCAAACCGUAUAUGCUGAUCAGAGGGUCGGGCUACUAAAUAUUGGCAGAGAGGCGUUAUUUAGGCCUACUAACUAAUUCAGCAACCUUUCGUUCCAACAUCAAAAAUUCUUUUCAGCUGCACAAACUCGAUUUCAGCCAUGAGAAAGUCUUUCAAAAGCAGUAGCUAGCUGCUACCAGUAUGACAAUACAUGUAUUGCUGCCAUGUACAGAGACAUAGCCUCAAAGUUCACUGAGGCUACAAAUUGAGAGCGAUUCCUGAAGAUAGGCUGUAGAGGGAGGCUACUAUUUGAGUGCGGCCUUUAUACAAGAGCGGCCUCUGAGCAAGCAUAUACGGUAUAUAUGCUUAUAUAAGAUCCGGUAUAUAAGUUUUGAAUUUAUUGAUUUGCACACGUGUAAUGGAGGGAAGCGAUAUGCCUAGCUAUUCCUGGUGGCUGUAUUUAACCCAAAGCGCGUAGGUGUUGGCAAAUUUUUACAAGAAAUGAGUGAGAAAUCAUGUUUUUGUAGCUCAGAAAAUUAAUGGUGGAGGAAGUGCAUGAUUGAUGCCUACAUGUACAUGUGUCGAUCCCAGUCUAUGGAUAUCAACAGUUUGUAUUUUUCAAUAUUUUAUUUCUAUCCCGUUGAACUUGUAUUUGUUAUGUCAUCUGAUUAUACUCCAUUAGCGUAUAAGGUCAGUCAUUGUUUGAGCUUGCACAAACUUGAUUGUUAGCGUAUAAGGUCAGUCAUUGUUUGAGCUUGCACAAACUUGAUUGUUGCACAUGUAAAGUGUAUAGCCUACUGUUUUUCUCUGUCAUGGAUCUGCUAGCAUAUGACGUUGAUAGCACAGCUCUGUCUACUAAAGAAGCAAGCUAUUAUCAAACGAAGUUGACCAGUACAACACCUUGUAUAAAAGGAAACAACCAUGAAAUAUCAGUUCACAGAUCAGGAGAGCUGAGAAAAUGUCACUGUAAAAUAAGAUACAGAAUCAGAUGGUUUUCUUCAAAAGCAGCCUUCCUAGUUCUGUUUUGGAAUUUUCUGUUGAGUUACUCAACAGCUUCUCUUAAUAACUUGUAUCCAUCUUUUGGAGUGAACACAGUUCAAAGUGAUCUUUAUCGUAAUUUGGUAACCUUGGUUCCGUAUGUGUCCUGGACUGUCGUCGCACCUGUCAGCGGGUGGUUGGCGGACACUUACAUGGGAAGUUAUAGGGUAGCUAGGAUUGGAAUGUUACUGCUGUUUCUGUCUACAGUGAUAAACUGUGUGCUUUACCAGGUUACUGAUAAAGUACUUGAGUUUGACAGCCGAUUGUUUGUAUCCAUUCUCAUAAUUUCUAAUGCUAUUGGCUAUGCUGGACAAGCCGCUGUAUUGGUUACAUUGCUUAGUCUUGGAUUAAAUCAAAUGCCGGAUGCCUCCACCGAAAACAUUACUAGUUUUAUUGCAUGGUUCUUAUGCUCAAUUCAAGCUGGAUAUUGGUUGUGUGAUUCAACCAGCUAUAUUCCAGUCUCUUGUAUUAAUCCAUCCACUGAUUAUCUACGAGUAUGGGGCUUCUUUCCAGCACUGUCUGUGGGCAUUGUGUGCCUGUCUGAUAUUUUACUAUCACCAAAGUGGCUGAUUGUUGAGCCCAAGUCGCCCCAAUCUUUACUAAUCAUCUUUCAUGUCCUUAAGUUUGCUAAGCAACACAAAGCUCCCCUCAAUCGCAGUUCUCUCACCUACUGGGAAGAAGAUAUACCUUCAGGAAUUGACCUGGGUAAAUCCAAGUAUGGUGGACCAUACAGCACUGAGGAAGUUGAAGAUGUGAAGACAAUUUUGCGACUACUUGCUAUUAGUGUGCCGUUACUUUUCAUCAUGGUAGCCUUUUACCUCUGUCAAGACUCCUCAAUCAUACCGGAGACUAAGUCGUGUGUAGGUGCAUUUAUCACAUACAUCAUAGACAAUGAUAGUAAUACCUAUGUACUAGGAACGAUCAUUUACGAGUUUGCUAUAUAUCCCUUCAUUUCAAGUAUGUUUGAGUCGAGCAUACUAAAACGAAUUGGAUUAGCAUCAUUUUUAGUCACGCUGCUGAAUGUUAUUUAUCUUGGACUGUAUAUUGCCCAAAGUGUCAAUUCAGAAUUGACAUGGCCGUGGCUAAGCUAUCCUCAAGCCGCCGUUGCUGGGUUCUUGAAGGUCCUAUGGAUGACUUCAAUGCUAGAGCUGCUUUACGCACAGUCUCCAUAUAAAAUGCGUGGUGUUGUUUUGGGAUAUUUCUGGUUCUUGAACUUACUUUCGUACAUGCUGGUUGGUACGGCUAUUAUCCUUAUUGGGGGAGGGCACUCUAAUGUAGUGUACAGUGGUACUUCCACUGGUGUCAGUGUUGUCGGUCUGGGGUUAUACUGCGUUCUAGCCUGGAGGUACAAGAGGAGAGAGAGAGAUGACAUACCUACUCCACACAAAUGGGCGGAAGAUGCCUACGAUCGGUACUUAGGAGUUUCUACCUAGCUACAUUACAUUCGCGUUGUACAAAUUCUGUAUAUCAUUUUUUCUAAUUAAUGCAUGUAGACUAGAUAUAUUCAUGAUCGUAAUUUUCCAAUGUGUGUGUGUGGAAUGUGUAUGAAUUUUGUUUUAUUUGACCUCUGCAAAUAAGUUAAAUAAACAACUGUUUUCUUUAGUGAGAGUAGGCUUGUAAUAUAUUAUGUCGUUUACACGAAUGAGAGAGACUCUACCAGCUCAGGACAAAGGAAAACCAUUGGAGCAAUCUGAGGAGGCAGAUGACCGCUCUCCAAGGCUUAGUCGAUGUCCCAAGCCUAAAUUUCAACUGAGAAAAUUCUCCUCUAAAGCAGCUGUGUUAGUGCUCAUUUGGAACUUCCUAGUGAACUGUAUAUUUGGAUCGCUGGACAAUCUCAUUUAUCUGUUUCAUCUGAAUGAAGAAGCGUUUUCUAAUGUUUUCCCCUUCACAAUGUUGAUUAUUGUUGCCCUACUCUCUGGUUGGAUUGCAGACACUUACCUCGGACAUUACAGGACAGCCAAGAUUGGAUUUGUACUAUUGUUUGUAGCGUCUGUCUUGCAAUCAGUGCUUGUGAUAGCAAAGCAUUCGCCUGAUGAAAAUUACCCGCUUGGUUUGAGAAUUGGGUUGGUUGCGCCUACAGUGUCUCUAGGUUAUGGCAGCGCAGCUAUUCUAUUGGUCACCUUGCCUCAAAUCGGUCUAGAUCAAAUGCCUGAUUGCUUCGUCACAAACAUUACUAGUUUUAUUGCCUGGUUUGUCUUUUCAGUAUUUGCUGGUUUUUGGGUUAGUGAGUUUUCAACGACCAUAGUUGCAGUUUGUAUUGGGGACGAUUUAGCUACUGUCUGGAGCUUGUUUCCAGUGAUAUGCAUGUCGAUUGUUCUCAUCUCAGACUUUUUCUUAACUCCAAAAUGGCUAAUAAUUAAACCAAAAUCGCCGAAGUCACUAAAAAAUAUCUACCGUGUUUUGAAUUUUGCAUCUAAACACAAGUCUCCUGUUAACCGCAGUGCUCUGACAUACUGGGAGGAAGACAUACCCUCUAGAAUAGACCUGGGGAAGUCAAAAUAUGGUGGACCGUACACGAUAGAGCAAGUUGAAGAUGUGAAAACUCUCCUACAAAUCUUGGCUCUAACGACUCCCCUUUGGAUAACUCUUACGUCAUUUAACAUGUAUGGCAACACAAUGUCUCUAGCAGAUUUCAAUGGAACGGUUUUAGAUGAGCGAUGCUCGUCACAAGUCGCGCAGUACUUCACCUAUGAUUGGUACUUGGUUGCUAUGGUUCUCAUUGUGGUUUACGAGCUGGUGAUUUACCCGCUAUUUGGGCACAUAGUUACAAGCAGCAUUCGACGUAUUGGUGCAGCAACUGUGCUCACUGCAAUUUUGAACAUUCUUUGCAUAUUUCUGUCUAUUUACUACUAUUACACGAAUUAUAUUCCUGUUGUGGUAGCUUAUGGUCACACGUUCAGUGUGUGUCUGAUCGCCUUGUUGAUGUUGACUGCUUUAGUUGAGUUUGUGUCUGCUCAGUCUCCCUACAAUAUGCGUGGUCUCCUUCUUGGCUAUGUAUGGUGCAUCAAUUCUUUCACAUAUGCAAUCGCCAGCCUUGCCUAUUACAUGACACGUGACUUUGAAGAUAACCAAGUUGUGUUAUUAGUACACACUGUUAUAUCUGCUCUGCUCAGUCUAAUAGGGUUGGUAUCGUUCGGUCUGCUUGCUCGCUGGUAUACUGGGAGAGUUAGAGAUGACGUUACGACUCCUCAUAUGUGGGUGGAAGAAGUAUACGACCGAUAUCUCCCCGAAAAACCUGAUGUUAAUUGAUGUACAUGUAUGUCACAUACGCUCAAAAUUGUUUUUCCCUUGUCACCACCCUUAAUUAUAUAAAAAAAUGUUAUACCAAAUUCCAUGCUUUUUGUGUUGACAAAUUUUUUUGUUUCAUUUCUGUGUACUGGUGAUUUCUGGGGGGCAAAAUAUUCGGGAUUUUCGUGGUUGAACACUGGACCACGAAUAUUUUACCCAUAAAUGAAGCGA